AUGGACUCCCAGGCACCAUUGUCGCAGGCCUCCCAGGAGUCAGUACUUAUGCCUUCCACGGAGUUCUCCACGCCGGUGACUCCUGAGAAGCCUUCUCCUUCGCGAUCUGUGUCUCCGGUCGCCAAGAUUGAGAAGUUCACCCCUCCAGCACCACCAACAACCGAGUCCAUGACUCCACCUCCGUCGUCCCAGCUACCAAACACCCGUUCUGUGGUACGGACGCCGUCACCUCCAACUCCCGGACUGUCAUCGCCACCACCAACCUCCAAGCUGCCUAACCAACCUUCAGCCCUGGCCGAGUCUGCAGCCGCCCUUUACACCCAGGAGCAGGUCAACAAUGCAUCCACCGAGGAGCUCCGCGCCAUGGUCAACGAUCUAACAGGCAAAAUGCGCGAUGUACGGCUAUCUGCUGCACAUCAUAAACUGCAGUACAACAUGGCUGUGAUGGAAAGCCAGGAGUCGGCAAGCCGCAUGGCUGUGGAGUUAGCCAUGGCGCAGCGUGAGAUUGAUGUUCUGCAGAAAGCCGAGGAGAAGCGCCGGAACGAGGCAGUGAUGCCCGAACAGACGUACCAGGAGUCGCCAACCGUGGCCGCCAAUGCCAUUGUGAUGUCUGAGAUGAAUCGCCAAAUUCAACUGCUACAGAAUGAGAACGAAGAGUUGCGUGACCUGUAUGACCAGCAAAAGCGAGUGACUGAACACAGGGAAGGGGAACUAGCUGGGUUGAUGGAAGAGAAUGACCGCCUGAAGUCGAGGAUUCGUAAGAACCGCGACCAUAUUGCACCAUACCUCCCGUAUCUGGAGCAGAUGAAUGAGUCGCCACGUUCUACCUUUGGUACCCCGCAUGCUACUCCGCGUCACAAGGUCAAUCGCAUAUCUGCGCUACCUGAUGAGAACAGUAGAGGGCAAAGCAACUUCGAAGCACUCCUAUUGGCAGAUAAAAUGCUGAGCCAAGAGACUGCCACUGCACCUUCGACACCCGCAAGGUCGCAUGGGCCACGGUCUCGAUUCGGGCACACCCGAGGCGCUCAGUCGAUGUCCUCGCUCCCUCAGACGCCAAGGGGACGCUCUGCUCAAGUCCCGACUGACAUCCCAAGAACACCAACAACCUUCUCUGCCGUCAACAUCCCACAGUCAGCACCCCCAGCUCGUUACCAGCAGGGGGUCGGAAUGGUAAAGGCCGCUCACGCGCGACGCGAAAGCAGCAAUUCCACCAUCACCGCAUCCAGCGUUGAUGACGAGGAAGCAUACACAGACAGAGAAGACGAGGAGGUUACCGAGUCUCAAGCAAGUCAACUCGCAACCAGCAUGCUGCGCAGGGCGCCCUCGUCAUCCAAGAGAAUAGCCGCCCCAUCAUCACAAUCAAACCUCAUCCAAAGCAAAAUCUUUGGCCAGGUCAAGAAAGGCCACGGGUUGACGCGUUCCGCCGAACUCGAAAAGAAGCGUCUGGCUUCCGAAACCCACGGCAGUCCGACCAAGCGAGGGCGGACAGAUGGCGGCGUGGGCCUGGGCAUCGGGCUUGGUCUGAGAGACUAG